AUGAGCCGCAGAUCCGGCUCACUGGUUCGAUGCCCAUGUAUUCGGGACAAAGGUCUUAUCUGCAUGGCGCAUGUCGUGCGGGAAGAUGAGACAGCUGAUGGACGCCAGAGAUCCAAGUCUUCGUCGUAUCCGACCCAUCCCGCCAAUGAUUUGGAACCAGUCGUUCACUUGGGUCCUGCGGGUAGUUAUAGGGGUAUCAUACAGAACAAUGGAACCGUGGCUAGUUGGAAAGGCAUCCCGUACGCAACGCCUCCUGUAGAUUCGUUGCGUUUUAUGCCUCCAGAGCCUCUGGCGCCACAACAUUCUUCCAUCGUCGACGUGACGACCGAUGCGCUCCGAUGCGUGCAAUUCGCUGGUGCCCCCUACGGUGUCAUCAACUCAAACAUGGUCGGACAAAGGUCUGGGCCGGGACAGGAAGAUUGUCUCAAGCUAUGGAUCUGGAAGCCAGCCAACGCAUCUGCGGAAGCUAAGCUCCCUGUCAUGUUCUAUGUUCAUGGCGGCGGCUUGCAAUACAGCGCGGCACCCAACAACGACUUUAGCGACUGGGUGGGUCAAAGCCAGAACUUCAUCGCCGUCAACGUAGCUUACCGACUCGGGGCGCUUGGCUUCAUGGCCCACUCAUCGCUGCCAUCGGCAAACGCUGGCCUGCUCGACCAAAGGAUGGGCAUUCAAUGGGUCAAGCAGAACAUCGCGGCUUUUGGUGGCAAUCCCGACGACAUCACUAUCAUGGGCCAAUCCGGCGCAGGUUACGCCGUAGUGUCGCAGCUGGCCCUGUACGACGGAGACAACCAAGGCUUAUUUCAGAAGGCGAUUCCUCGUUCGGUCCAACGCUCGCCAAUGUUUCCGGUCGAUGAGCUUACAGAUCGCAAUGCUGAAUACUUCCGCUUGCUCAAUUGCACGACUGGGCAGGGUCAGCUCGAGUGCUUUAAGAGCGUGCCGGUGUCAUCCCUUGUCAAUGCAUACAACAGUCUGUCCAGGUACAGGGCAACCAGUGGGAUAUUUCAGAACCGCACAUUUGGAUCAUCUGCGGCAUUUCUGCCCAUGAUCGACGGCGUUACGUUGACAGAUACUAUUACGCAGCUUUUCAAGAAAGGCAAGACAGCGAACGUGCCUGUCCUUGCGGGCGCGGUAAAUGACGAAGGUGCGAACACCGCUGCUCGCAACAUCACGACCAUUAGCCCAUCGACCAACACAAUCUGGAACUUGACGGAUCAGCAAGUCUAUCAGGCCGCAAGUUUUUACCCAGUCAACGCAGGCUUCGGGUACGCUAGCCCCGACAACUUCUUCCUUGGCGGAUUCAAAGCAUACAUCCAGAGUGUCAAUUCAUUCGGUGAGGCAGGAAUGACAGGUUCGGAACGCCUCAUUGGCAAAUAUAUGAGUGAUGCUCAUGGCGCCGAUCGGGUUUGGACAUUCCGAUUCAACGCACCUGGCGUCGGCACAAACUACACUGGCCAUCAGUACCCACUGAGUUGGGUGGCCCACUCGGCUGACAACAGCUACUUACAGAACCGCACGUCUGUGAUGACUGCCUUUGAGAAGGGAAUGGCAUCGGAGUGGCGUGCUUAUCUGGGUUCUUUCAUCCGCACUGGCAAUCCUAACACCCAGAAACUGCCCAAUUCACCAGAGUGGCCCAGUUAUGGUGCCCUCAAUGAUUAUGUCAACUCGCCCGUGAGGUUAGUCCCGCAGUUUGCGUACUCCAGCAACCCCGACCAAGACGACAGGACUAGCACCCAAGUUGAGGUGUCUCAAAAGGCACAGAUUGAGCGUGAGGAUUGGUGGACGUCAGAUGCUCUUCUCGAAAGUAUGAGGUUGUGA